CCCUGUUGUACAGCCCGUGCGAGAGUCCAGGCGACCUAUAUACGACAUUAAAUUCGGCACGGGGAUGUGAGAGAUGUACGGCCUCCUGGUGGUGUUGUUGGGCGGGUUGCUGACCAUGGCCGGAAGCGACCCUUAUCCGGCCCCUGGAUGUUCCGACCUCUUCGGCGACCCCUCCUGCUCUUGCAGCAGUCUCCGGAGCGAGCAGGUCCUAGACUGUCGGAGACCCUCGGGACUUCACCCUCCGUUCACCUUCGCCUCCGCCCCCGUGGCCUCCUUGACUCUACAGGCCCUAGACACAACUGCUUCCAUCAUCCCUGACAACACCACGGUCCGCCACUUGUACAUAUCGCAGUCAAAGCUCAAGCAGUUGAACGCGGGAGUCUUCAAGAAGCUGAGGCACUCUUUGGAAACGCUCAGCAUCGUUCAAGGGUACCUCAAUGAGAUCCCGCAAGAAGCAUUGAUGGGACUGACGAAAUUGAAGAAUUUGGAUUUGGAGUCAAAUCUCAUCACGCAAAUUCCAAACCAUUGUUUCUACGGGCUUUUGCUCUCUUCGAUAUCUUUUAGGAAAAAUGCCAUAGAAAUUAUCGCUGAACACGCAUUCAUCGGGUUGGAGGAGUCCCUCUCGGAAUUAGAUUUAUCUGUAAACAAACUCAAGUAUUUUCCAACACCCGCAUUGAAGCGGCUAUCUCGACUAGAAAAGCUCAAUUUAUCUUGGAAUAAAAUAAACUCAGUUCCUGUGGAAGAAAGUGCCAAACUACAACCUUUGACGUAUUUAGAUUUAAGUUCUAACGAUUUCGAUACGAUUACGAAACACACGUUUAGAUCCACACCGUCUCUUACGACGCUUUCUCUGAGUCGUAAUAAGAUAUCGUUUAUCGACAAAGAGUCGUUUUCGAAUUUGAAGAGGCUGCAUACACUUCACCUGCGCUCUAAUCGGCUAAUGGAGAUCGACAACGAUAUUUUUCGAGGAAACGGGUACCUGACUAUUGUCGAUCUCAGCUUUAACCACAUUCAUAACAUUCAAAGCCUAUUCUCUUAUAAUUCUAAACUAACAGAGAUAUAUUUAGCGGACAAUAACAUUUUAGAAAUAUACGGAGACACUUUUUCGAACAACACGUUUUUGUCUGUACUUGAUCUUCAAGCUAAUGCAAUACGAAACGUGCAUGCUAACGCGUUUGCCCAAUUAAAACUUCUAACAAACUUAUGUCUAAGUGAAAACUUUCUCACUAGCUUUUCACCAUUACUCUUGAUUAAGAAUACCAAUCUAAUAUCGUUGUAUCUUGAAGGAAACCUAAUUCAGAGCAUUGAAGCUGGGACCUUCUUUAGCUUGAAACGACUAAAAGAGCUAAAACUUCAAAAUAACGCACUGGUGAAAAUUUGGAGAAGUACGUUCUACCCUUUGCCAAACUUGGUUGAGCUUAAUCUUGCAAAUAACCUAAUAGACAAUAUUAAUCCAGGAGCAUUCCUAAGCUUAGGCAAACUAGAAAACUUAGAUCUCCAGGGUAAUUUUUUGAAUAGCCUCGAAGGUUUCUUCCAACAAGUUUAUUCAGAUAACGAAGUGGGAGUAAAUACGACAGAAAUUUCAAAACUACAUUGUGUGAGACUCAACAACAACCGGUUUACAAGGCUGCACAGUGCACUCUUUGGUGAUAUGAGUCUGGUCAAGAGUAUGUAUUUAACAAACAAUUCUAUAUCUUAUAUAGAGGAUUACACUUUCGAAUCCUUCAGGUCGAUGAUGUUGUUGGAUCUAAGUUUUAACCGUAUAGGUUUCAUUACCGUGAGAACAUUUUCUGCGCUCUAUAAUUUGGAAGAGCUUUAUUUGUCCAAAAACGACAUAAAGCACAUAGAAGCCAGAUCAUUCACAGAGCUGAAAAGAUUGAGAAUUCUGGAUCUGUCAAACAAUGAAAUCGUUGUGUUGCAUAAAGAUAUUUUCCAACAGGGUCUUCCAAUUAGAAUAAUGAAUCUGAAAAACUGUUCCCUAGCUAGUGUAGACAAAGGUACUUUUAGGGGUAUGACAAACCUAAAUGAGCUUAACCUAGAGUACAACAUGCUCGAUGGAGACGCAUUGUCAGUCUUUGAUAUUCCUGGAUUGCGAAGAUUACGACUAGGAAAUAAUAAUAUGACCAUUAUCAACAACAACACAUUUAAGAGGCUACCAUCUCUUCAGUUUUUGUAUUUAGAGAACAAUGGGAUUAGAAACUUACCUAGUGAUGCGUUUGUUUACAAUCGAAGGUUAAAUUAUGUAUCUCUAUCAAGAAACUGGCUGAAGAGUUUAUCUAAAGUGACGCUGUCAGUACUUAGUGAUUUGAAAGAGCUUCGCUUAAGCCAAAACCAAUUCUCACAGAUUCCAUAUGAAGCUUUAAGUCAUCUUCAUCAUUUGGAAACCCUAGUUCUCUCGGAAAACCUAAUCAGGUCUUUUGACGCGUCAAAGCUAGUGGGGCUAUGGAAACUGAGGAAUUUACAGCUGCAAAGAAACUUCAUAACAACUCUUACAGGGUUCUCAUCGACACAAUGGCCUCAUCUGUUUUCCAUUGAUCUCAGUAAAAACUCCCUUGCAGCUCUUCCUGUCAAUUUCUUCCAUAUGGCAAUGUCAGUGAGAAUCAUCGACUUGUCGUCCAACAGAUUUGGCCAAAUUCCUUCAGUUGCUCUCUCGGAACAAAACCUACUCCGUCUCACUCAGCUAAGUAUCAGUGACAAUCCCUUGACCAAGAUCAACUGGCAUGGAAGUUUCCGCCUUCAUCCGUCUUUACAAGAGCUUCAUAUAUCUGGAACAAACCUAACUAUCAUAACGGAAAGUGAUUUCUUGGCAUUUCCUUCACUAGAACAUCUGAUCCUCAGUGGCAACAUAAUAUAUAGAAUUGGAGAUGGCACUUUUGAAUCUUUGCCCAAACUGAUCACUCUAGAUCUGAGCAGAAAUGAAAUCAACAGAUUUUCAAGCUAUUUUAUCAACAACCUUAACCGUUUACAGUACCUGAAUCUUUCCCAUAACCGCUUGAAGGACGUGGAAGAGUUUUCAGAGAGUGCAGAAUCUAUUAAGAUAUUGGACCUUUCAUUUAAUCACUUGAUGAGAAUUGGAAAGUCUUCAUUUAAAAAUUUGAAAUCCCUCAGGGAGUUGUAUCUUCAAGGCAACUGGUUAUCGUUCAUUUCACCGGAUGCUCUGAAGCACCAGAUAAAUAUUAAAAUACUCCAGCUGCACAAGAACUACUUCGAUGAUCUUCCACUGAAGGUUUUCCGGUCCGUGGAGCCACAACUUUCGUCUUUAACCACUGAAGGCAACCCCGUGCAGUGCGGAUGCAACCAGCAGGAGGUUUGGUACUGGCUUCAGGAUCACCAGAAGCUAGUGGAUCGUGGACCACGAUGUGAGGAACCUCCUCACCUCAGAGCCUUGUGGUUUCUGGGACUGGAACCUCCAGAGUUCUGUUCUCUGCCGCUCAUCUCCCGGCUGGUCCUCGACCGGAUACAGGCCUCCUCCCUGUCUAUCGCCUGGGACAGCCAGGACAAGUCGGGAGUGACGGGGUUCAUGGUAGCGCACCAUACCUUGGAGAACCCCUCAGAGGUGUCCAUGGUGCAAAUAGAGAAAGACAGAAGGUCUAUGGUACUUCGUGAACUUGCUGUGGACACUUGGUACCUAGUUUGUGUCUUGGGGCUAGGGAGAUGGACAACACCUCCUCUCUCUAACACUCGAACAAGUCGAUGUAUCCAGGUUCGCACCCUGGAGAGGGUAGAGGUUCAGGAGGCCGGGGUCAUCAUGUUCUCACGUCGCCUGGGACUCAUGGUAGGAAGUGGAAUGGGCUUUGUUGUCUUCCUAUUGCUCAUUUGCGUCUUAGGAUACAUAAAGGUGAAGAAGCAAAGACGGCUGAUGAAGCGAGGUGAGCUCCAAGACUUCCUCUCGUCCUGUCAAAACAACCAGGAGAACUACCAUGUCUGCAACCCUUGACUAUCCGCCCCCCAAGUGGGGGUGUACCUGUAUGCCGACAUGAACCCGUGACCUUGCCUUAUCCUUCCGUACUGAAUCUUAUGUCCCGUCCAGUCCUAUCUUCAGGGUGUGGUGUAAGGUAAACCUCCUGGCUGCUUAAAAGAAGCUCUUGACUCUUCGAACCUUUAAAUUCUGGGAACAUUCAUGCUUCCGAAAAGGAAAUCUUUUCAGAAAGUUUAUCGAGGUUAUUUUUUGUAAAAAAAGGAUGAUGGCUUCUUUUAACAUUGCAUUUGCCCGUUCAUAUAGGUCUAAGGUAUGUGCUCGAGAUCCAGCAAAAUGAGGGGUGACUAGAUACAGUA